AUUUUAAGAUUUUUUGGAAGAAAUUGGAAUUUUAAAAUUAGCCUGCAAAGCUAAUUUUUAAUUCAAAGAGUCAAAGACAACCAAAGGUCGUAAUAUUAUGAUAUGAAUUAAAAGUCCUAUAUGUAUAACAUUGUAAUCAGAAACUGUUUAUUUGGUAAAUUUCUAUGUGUAAAGGCCCUUUCAAAUUGUGUCAAAUUUUCAUGUGCUGGUCCACUGGUGAGACUGGUACCAUCAAGCUGGUAGGUGACGUCAUGUUUUUUAACUUUUAUAUUGUAUUAUUGUGUGGAUAAACUGUCAAUAGAGAGUUGCAAGACAACAAAGUAGAAAGACAUAGUUGACAGUUUUUACACGUCUGCAUAUUAUCGUGCACUGAGUUUGGGGUCACUGAUGGUUGCUCAACAUGUCUUCCUGUUAUAGAUUCAUGUGUCAAUGUUUAUGAAUAUACUGCCUGUCUGAUCCUAAUUGUUAUUCUGACACAGACGAAACAGCGAGAUAUGAUAAUACACCCUAUCUUUGUUCUUCUGCCUUUGUUUUCAAAAAUAUAUUUGUUAUGAACGUUCAAGGCAGAAGAACAAAGACAGGAUACAGAUUGUGUAGGGUGCAUAUCGGGAUGCUGUGAUGAGCAGAUGGUCUGAUUAACCCAUUGAGUGACAGCACUCCUCCCUUGAUGAGCAUAAGAUCGUCUGGCAUUAGACAGAGUAAAAUAAUAAAAUAGGGUGCAUUAGGGCACAUUAGGGUAAUAUAUGUAAAUGACCAUGUUAAAUUCAACUGUCAUUAAGCUUGUGCACACAUGUUUUUUAUCCAUACAGAUUUCUUAUCUACAUUAUAUUAUGUUAACUAUAACUGCAUACAUUUAUGUACACAACAGUAUACCCAUGAAGUGAUGCAUUAGUCCCCUGGAACUUCCACCCAACCUGGAAAUUCAAAAUAGAUGGAUGCUAAACAAGUAUAGAUAAUUUUGUACAUAUGGUCUAAUUCCUUUUUCUGUAGCUCAUUUAAAACCAACAUGGACACUGGUGACAAAAUGGAGGAUGGUGCUUUGCCAAAUGAUAAAUGGUCAAAGGAGUCUGUAGAAUUAUUUAACCAGCUAAAUGAAAUGGGCGGUGAAUGGAAGAAGACGCGUCGAGAUAUGAGAGCAGGUGCCGAUGGCUCAAGGAUGUUCACGAACUCAGCUGAGCUUGAGAAGUUAUUUCAAUACGCAUUCUUUCAUAAUGCAAAGCUCCAGUGUAUAAAAGCAGUUGUACAGUUUGGACUUUAUACAAGAGGUCCUGUUGGGUAAGUAUACUGUAGGUGACACUAUCCCAUUGAAUGCCAGCAAUCCCUUUGACUAGUAAAAUUGUCUGGCAUAUAACAGAAUAAAAUAAUAAAGUAGCCUGGCACAUUGGGGACCACAUCUUGUCUUAGUCCUAAUUAACCCCCACUUGAUUUUAAUGAUUUUUUCCUAUAGGCUUGUGCACGGUGGUGCUAUUGCUACUAUUCUCGAUGUUGCUAUGGGAAAUUGUGCUAUUUAUUCUGGAUAUAGAUCUAUCACUGCAAAUUUAAAUGUGUAUUAUAAAAGGUAAAUAAAUGCCAAUUAUAUGCAUGUGCCCAGUCUUGUGCCUGAUUUAUAGGCCCUUUCCUUGUGAUAGUAUGUAGCUCCUAGUAAUGAAAUUACAAUAUAAUUUUUAGGCCUAUUCCUCUCAAUACAACAACUUUGGUCGAGGCUAAAAUUGACAAAAUCGAAGGUCGUAAGGUGUUUGUAUCAGGAGCGAUAAAAACUGUCGAUGGCUGUGCAAUUUACUCCACAGCCACAUCUAUAUUUAUAAUGCCUUUGAUAUUAAAUACUGUGUAGGAAGGCUAUUUAUUUAGUUGUAAUUUAGUCAACCUUGUACCUAUUUUUCAGGGCCGUAGGAAGCUCUUUUCGAUUGGGGGGAUUUAGAGUCUCUAAAAUGCCAUUUCCUGGACUUUGGGGGAAGAUUUAACAGAAUUCUGAUAGUCAGAAAACAGCGUUUUAGUAUGUCGAAAUUUACAGGAAAGUAUGGGCCAGACUGUUACUUUAUAAAUGCGCGGCGGGAAUUUUCGUCGUAAAUGGCAGUUGCGCGGAAAUGAAGGCAGAACAUUUGAAAAAAUUUCGAAAAUCUGGAGUCUCUAGAUGGUCUGAAAUGGCAUUUUCAGAGUUUUCUUUCGCAAGACCCAACACGCAAAAGACAAAAUAAAUCAUUAGUUCAUCAAAAAUGUGCAGAUUUUGUGGGAUUUUCUUGAAAAUGCGCGACAGAAAUUCAGCUAAAAUUUCUACGCGAGGAGCGAUCUGGAGUAUGAGUAAUAUCUUCAUUCUUUGCAGUUUGUCACAGAUUAAAUGAUAAAGUUUGCAUGAUUUUGAAAAAAGAAUGAUUAUUAGCAAAUUAUUGGGGGGGCUGCAGCCCCCCCGGUUGCUACGGCCCUGAUUUUUACAAUCUGCCAGGCGCUCAUGUUAUCAUCCACAUUUUAAUGUAUGUCUGUGUUUGUCUGUUAGCACAACAAUUCAAAAGAAUAUCAAACAUAGUAUUUAAUACAAAAAUUUGUACAGCUAAAUGCUAAUUGACCAAGGAGAAUCAUUUAAAUUUUGGUUCAAUUUGGACGAAAACUGAAUGCGAAAUUAUCAAAGGUUUGUCUCGCUGCAUUUGCUGGGUGGAAAAACUAAAUUGUAUAAUUUAUGCAUGAUACUUCAUUUAAUUUGCUGGUG